AUGCCUUCGCUCUUUUCCAUCUCCCCAUCCUUAGUCUACUCCAGUAUAAGUCAUCACGAACACACUCACUUGGGUUCCCUUUUCUAUUUCCUAUUUCUGCCUUGUUCCCCUUGCUUCUCUGCAUACCUGGCAGCUUUCAGUCUCUCUGAUCAUUGCUCAACUCGAUAUCCCCCCAACCAAACACCAACAACACACAAACUUCCUCAAGAGAUAAAGCCAUCCUCUCCCCCGACUCAUAUCUCAGGGAUCAAUUCCUCGGUCCUUCACACCAUACAUCACUUCAGUCACUCAACGUACUUCUGA